GCAACCCAGCCGGGCUAGAGUUUCCAAAAAAGUUAGAAUAACUUCCUCUCCCGGAGACCUCGGUUUUGCACAAACCGGCCCGAAAUCAGAGCCUUUUGAGCACCCGGAGAGCGUGUGCUCGGCGGCCGCGGGCUUGGCCAGCGGCGCGCGCUUGGCGCCCGGGCGCCCCCAGCCCCACGCGCGCCGGGCCGGCGCCAUGGAGGAGGGCUCCAGUUCGCCCGUGUCCCCCGUGGACAGCCUGGGCACUAGCGAGGAGGAGCUCGAGCGGCAGCCCAAGCGCUUCGGCCGGAAGCGGCGCUACAGCAAGAAGUCAAGCGAAGAUGGCAGCCCGACCCCGGGCAAGCGCGGCAAGAAGGGCAGCCCGAGCGCUCAGUCCUUCGAGGAGCUUCAGAGCCAGCGCAUCCUGGCCAACGUGCGCGAGCGCCAGCGCACCCAGUCGCUCAAUGAGGCCUUCGCUGCACUGCGCAAGAUCAUCCCCACGCUGCCCUCGGACAAGCUCAGCAAGAUCCAGACGCUGAAGCUGGCCGCCAGGUACAUAGACUUCCUCUACCAGGUCCUGCAGAGCGACGAGAUGGACAAUAAGAUGACCAGCUGCAGCUACGUGGCCCACGAGCGCCUCAGCUACGCCUUCUCCGUGUGGCGCAUGGAAGGCGCGUGGUCCAUGUCCGCCUCCCACUAGCGCCGCGCCACCCACCUCCAGACCGGCGCGCCAGGACCCACCUGCAUGUCUGAGGCACGGUGGAGCCGGAGGGUCCACGCCUGCAGCUUCUGAAACCUGGACAUCCUUGCGGAGGCCGGCGCUCCAGCCUGCACCCGGGACAGCGCGGCAGGCAGGAGGCCGAAGCACCCUCUUCCCAGAGACGUCCUGCGCGGGAGGCCCGCCGACCUCCUGCCGUGACCUGCACCUUGUCAUCUCGUCCAUUCGGAGUUUUCUUCUGGGUUUUGUUUUGGGGGGUGGAUUUUAUUCUUUCUGAAAAUCUCUAGAUUCAGGAAUGUGCUUACGAGUACCUGGAAUUUUGAAGUGUAUUUCCCUCUAAGUGCCUUUUUUAAUGUAUAUUUUUUUAAUAAAACAGAAGUACCUUCUCAUACGAUCUGUUUAACUGGACCGAGGCUCUCAGAAAAGGAACCUCGCGUGGCCCUGUCCCCGCCCUCUGCACGACCUUCGAGGAAGCCUGGAGCCCCUUCUCACAGUGCCGCCCCCUCCGUGACCUGCUCAGCUGGCCCUGUUGUACCCCCGUUUCAGUGUAUAUGUUGCUUAUUUGUUUAUUUAUUGAGAUAUUUUUACAAGCUAAGUGACUCACUGCGGCUGUGUAUACUGCUCCCGCCAGGAACAAUAAAGACGCCCGCACGGCCCCCGUC